GGAACAUAGUAAGUUUUGAAUUCUAACUCAUUAAUUUUUUUUUCAGUCUUUUACGUGAUACGAUUUGACUAUAUUUUUUUACAGUGGUUAUAUGUCACCUGAAUAUGCAAUGUUUGGACAAUUCUCCGAAAAAUCAGAUGUUUUUAGUUUUGGAAUUAUCAUUUUUGAGAUUAUUACUGGUAAGAAAAAUGGAAAUUCUUAUGGACCAAACCAAGGUGAAGAAGGCUUGAUGACCAAUGUUUGGACAAAUUGGACGAAUCGAACACCAUUGAGUAUACUUGAAUCAAAUAUGAAAGAAAAAUAUUUUCAAAGUGAAGUGAUUCGUUGCAUUGAAAUUGGUUUAUUAUGUGUCCAAGAAAAUCCAGACGUAAGACCUACAAUUGCAGAAGUUGUUUCUUAUCUUAAUGAUCUGACACUUGAAUUGCCAUCUCCUCAAGAACCAGCAUUUUUCUCCCAUGCAAUAGAUCCAAAAAUAGUCAUGCAACAGCAGGGGUCAAGUUCCAACUCUUCUGUCAUUGCUUCUAUACCAUUUUCUAUCAAUGAAAUGUCUAUCAGUGACUUUUAUCCACGAUGAUAUGUUAGCUUUAUUCUAAAUAUAUCUUUACUUUGUAGAUGGCUAUCAUCUAUGAGUAAUUUUCAU